AUGCCAGCGCCCAAAUUCACCAAGAAGCAGCUGGUCAAGCACCGCACAUCAGCGUCCCCAUCCAACGGCAAGAAGGCCGGUGGCUUCCAAGUAGGUCCCAAACACCUUCCGGACGGUGCCUACCUGGGCAAACACAAACGAAUCAAAGCUGAGCUCAUCCACAAGGCCAAAGUCAAGAAGGAGUACUAUAAGCAGCUGAAACAAGACAAAUCAGGCGUAGCGAGCGGUACGAGUUCCAAUGCUGCCCCACUGGGAAAGCGAGGGAGUGCAAUCACCGCGGACGAUGAUGGAGAUUCGAACCUUCCAUUUGCACUACCUAAAGACCAAGGUCGAUUUGCACCCGAGAACCAAGCAAGCCAUGAUGAGAGCAUACAGACAGAUCUAGUGUUUUCUGCGAGCAAACAAGAUCUACGACCGAGAAGACAAGGCGGCAAAGAAAAGAGCCACAAGCCACUACCACAUCCACUACCGAAAGGUUCUGCCGUUCGUAGUGAGCCUGCUGCCAAGGCUACAGACACAAGAAGCAAAGCAGAGAAAGACCAGGAGCGCCUCAAGAAGAAAAAGAUGUGGAACAAGCCUAGCGGUAGUCGUACGGGCCAGGCGAGGGGACAGCCGAAUCUAGGCGCGAGGAUGGAAGUUAUGCUCGACAAGAUCCGUAAAUCGGCCGCAUAG